UCCGGGAUUGAACCCCUUCCGCUCUUUCCUUCCUCCGGACCACGGAGGGCAAGCGCCGCCGCCUCUGCCUAUUCCCCAUCGGCCGAUAGGCGCAAGCGCCCCAGCGCCGCCAUCCGACCGCCGGCGCUGGUGAGGGCAUCCUUCAUCCCUCCGUCUAAAUCCUCUGUCGUUAUUCCUCCUUGUCCACCAGCUCGGCCCCUCGGGUCUCUCUCCCAUUUCCCCCCCAAAACCGACCGCGAAAAGCCGAAACCCUCGCCUCACCACCACCGCAGCAAUGGCCGGAGAAGACGCCGCCGCCGCGCUUUCCGCAGGAACCGCGACGCUGCACAAUCCUCUCAAGAAGGAAGUGGAUGACGAAGACGACGAGGACAACGUGCCGCUGGCCUUCUCUCGACCCAAGAAGAAAGCGAGCGCGGCGAGUGCCUCCAAGGUCAAGAAGGAGGAGGAGGACGACGAUGACGACGUUCCGCUUGCGCGUUCUCGGGCCAAAAAGGCGAGCAAUGGGGGUGCAAAGAAGGAGAAAAAGAUGGAGUACGAGGAGGAUUACGAGGAGGAGGAAGAAGAAGACGACGACGACGAGGACGAAUAUGAGUACACUCCGAUUUCGAGUUCAAGGGCCAAGAAGGGAAAUGAGAAGCAGAAAAGCACUAGCAAUAGCAAGGUGAAGACUUCUAAAGUAAAGAAAGAAGAAACCGGUUCCGAUGAUGAAUGCAAGCCAAAAUCACAGAAGAGAAGUGCAGCUGCGAGUAAGCCCAAGGUCUCCAAGACUAAGAAACCAAAAGAUGAAUAUGAUACAAAGGAGGAAAAGAAAAUAAAGAAGGAAGUUGGUAUCAAGAAAGCUGAAAAGAAGGCUGCUGGGGUGAAGAAGGAGGGGGCUGCUGAGGUGAAGAAGGAGGGGGCUGCUGCGGUGAAGAAGGAGAGGAAGGUGUAUGAAUUGCCAGGGCAGAAACAUGAUCCUCCUCCUGAAAGGGAUCCACUGAGGAUAUUUUAUGAAUCACUCUAUGAGCAGGUGCCCGAUAGUGAAAUGGCUGCAUUCUGGUUGAUGGAAUGGGGUUUGCUACCGCUGGAUGUGGCUACAGAGGUCUUUGCAAAGAGACAGGCUCUGAAACUGAAGUCCCCUGUCAAACCACCUUCUGCACCGAGAAGGGCAAGUUCUCCAACCAAGGUACGGCUGUUAGGUGACAAGAAAACCAACUCAGGUACAAAGGGAAAACCCAUGGCGCCAAAGAAGAGGAAGGCAUCUAGCGACACAGAUGACGAUGACGACGAUGGCUUUGUCAAAACCAACUCAGCCACAAAGGGAAAAACCACAGCACAAAAGAAGAGGAAGGCAUCUAGCGACACAGAUGACGACGAUGAUGAUGACUUUGUCAAAACCAACUCAGCCACAAAGGGAAAAACCACAGCACAAAAGAAGAGGAAGGCAUCUAGCGACACAGAUGACGAUGAUGAUGAUGACUUUGUCAAGACCAACUCAGCCACAAAGGGAAAAACCACAGCACAAAAGAAGAGGAAGGUAUCUAGCGACACAGAUGACGACGACGAUGAUGACUUUGUCAUGUCUAAGAAGCCCAAGAAGCAAAAGAUCUCUAGCUAGGCAUCUGAUCAUUAAACAAGGUGUGCCCUUUGUUUACCAUUGACAUUGUGCUGGAUCAGUAUGAACGUUAGGAAACAAUGAGUAAUCGUAAUCUUGAUCUUGUCCUUCCAUGCACUGACGCUGUGAUGAGUAUGAACCUCUGGAUCAAAACUAUUGAGGUGUAGCAGUACCUGCCCAGUGAUUGGUAUUUUGUGUCUUCCAUCGUGAA